AUGGUAGAUUUCAACACAAGAUACCCAAAUAUUCACAAUAGCAAUAACCAUAAAAAGGAAGAUGAGCAAACAUUCAAUACCGAACAGUCUACUAGCUAUACCAAUGGCGGCAAUCUGCUGAAAGUAUCGUCGGGACUUCCACUUGCAUCAACGAUACCUUUACCUCCGCCACAUGCGAUUAUGUCAUUACCUCCACCAAUAACUUCAGCCAUGAAUAGCCAAGGAACCUCGUUACUAUAUAUUUUGAAUAAUCAAGGUAAUCCUGUAAACAGCCACCAAUACGCAAGUCACCGUAAAGAUACUAACUUACAGCAACCAUUUGUAUUUCCGCCAUUAAAUAGUCAACCACAGCAUAUGAUGCGUCAAAGUCUGUCUCUAAGUAGUGAGCGACAUCAACCACAACCACAACCAGUACACCGCCUUACCCACAGUGUAGGUAGUCUUGGAAAUUUCCCCUUUAAAGCACCCACCAUCACCACUAACGCACCCAUCAUCACCACUAACGCACCCUCCACGAAUAACAAUACGCAUAAAGCCCCAGAUUCUAGUACACUAGCGAAUGAGAACAAGUUUCAGUCUCAGCUGUACCAUAUGGGGAAUCCAUCACCAUCGAAUAUCCAAUAUGUUCGACAAUUUCUGCAUCAUCUAAACCCGAGUUUUGCUGUCAAUUUGAAAUUUACCAGAGAUUUAAAUACAAUGACUCAAGAUUGGACUUUGCAAGAGGUCAAAAAUAGAAGAAGAUUAGUCAAAUUUGACUUCCAUAAUGAUACAAAUAAUAUGCAGCAAGUAAUCAAUUUUGAGCCGAUAGAAGCUAUCGAUUCUAAUAAUGCGCAUGCAGUAAUAUCAUGCAUUUACUGGCGAGAAAUGGAUAAAUACAUUUGUACUUCUGUCGAUAUCAUUUUGUUGUUGGAGUACCUUGUUCUCCAAAGCUUUGGCAUCGAGGAAAAGAAUAGAAUUCGCCGAAAUCUACAAAGCUUGAAGCCAAAAACAGUUUCAAGAUCAAAUAAAGAAGAUCGAGAAUUUUUCAGCUUCAUUAUGAGUAUGGAGAAUCCAAGACCACGAAAUAUUGAGAAGGAUUUAAAGGUUUUUAAUUGGAGUGAUUUAGGAAAAGCAAUUACUAAAGUAAUGUCAAAGUAUUACGUUGUAACCUCACCUUCAUUGACAUCAACAAUAAGAGGAACAACAAGUGCAAUGACGAACCCGAUUUCAAGUGAGAAGCCUUCACAAAACAUUCCAAAAAGUUACAAUUUACCUACGCCACACCACAAUGUUUCGGCCAGUUUCCCUCCAUUAUAUCAUACUGCUGACCAUCAAUCAUCGUAUAUAGCACCACCACUACCACUACAACAACAACAACAACAACAACAACUGCUGCUGCUGCUGCUGCAGCUGCUACAUCAACAUCAACAACAUCAACAACAUCAACAUCAACAUCAACAACAUCAUCUUCAUCUUCAUCAACAUCAACAACAUCAUCUUCAUCUUCAUCAUCAUCAACAUCAUCAUAAUCAUAAUCAUAUUCAGUAUCAACAUCAACAUCCAAAUGCGGCACCUACACCGGAUCAAUUUGCAACUCUAGUUCCGUCACCUUACGUUUCUACCGUUGCUUCAAAUAUUGGUGACUAUAGUAAUGAUUCAAGCUCUGGCGAGCAAAAUAGUGGGCAACGCGCUACUCUUGAAAAAGCAAGAGCAAUCAAGAAUAACAACUCUUUGGGUUUUGCCUCAGUGCCGUUUUCCCCACAAGCGUUUCAGUCAAAACAACCUUUGCAUCCAUUGCAAUACAAUCAAUAUGACAGUGUGAGCCCCAACAAUAACAACAAUAGUCAUACACCACAAGCUGGAUUUCAGCUACCUCCACUUAGGUCCAGCUUCACGUUAAACAGUAACUCGGAUUCUAAUACAACUCCAUUUUCACCCUUUGAGUUGUCCAACGGAUCCCUGGACAAUUCAACAACUCCACCUGAUUUUGUAAAGGCCUCGACCGUGUCUUCUCUUUCAUCAAAUGACAGUAUGGAUGAACUUGGCGCAAGCAAUAGGAGUAAUUAUACACAAAAUUAUCCAAGAGCAUCUCUAUUGACGUCAUCAUCAUCGUCAUCGUCAUCGUCAUCGUCAUUUAAACCGGUUCAGCCAAAGAAUAGGUACUUUCCCGAUAAUAGAGUUUCCAAUUUGCACUGCCCAUCCAAAAACUUGUCCUUUAAUUCAUUGUCAGCGAAGUUUCCAGAUUGCGAGAACAACUCAAGAUCAGAACGGUCAUCUGGUACUGAAGAUGGAGAUGUAUCCACUGCUUCCCUGGGUAAGAAUUGUGGUAAUACAUCCUUAAAGAACAAUGGCAAGGGCAACAGCUCUACUGAAUUGAUUGCCACUAGAGAUACCAACAGUUUAUUGUCGUUGCAUAGGGACUCUGGUAACUCGAGUGAAUGUUCCUCAAGAUCUAAUUCAUCGACCGGAUACAAUAAUGGUAGCAAGUUCCCUUCUUCGAAGUUGGAACCAAUGGUGAUUAGUGGUAGUAGAAAUGGUAGCAAAAACAAUUUUUACGAACCAGCUGGGAAUGGUAAUCUGAACCACUCCCUAUUUCAAGAAGAAGUCGGAGGAGAUGAAGACGAAGAUGGUUCGAUGGAAAGUGGGACACCAGAAGAAGUCGACAACGAUAACAAUUAUGAGGCUAAUCAAAUGGAUAUUGACACUAAUGGUGAUGGUUGCGACAUCAAAGAAUCAAAAAACAAGCAGAUGCAGAUGCGGAAGCGAAAACAGAGGCAUGGGCACAGGCUUAGAGGUUCAACAUCAAAGCAUAAUCUUAACUAUUUCAAUGAGAAUAAGGAUGAAAGAGAACUAACAGAAGGAUCACAUGGGGACACACGGCCCAAACUUCCUUCAAUAUCACAAUUGCUCGAGCCUAGUGUACAUGUGGAUAGUAUUUCACUACCUGCGUUAACUGAUAAUAGUGUCCCAGAAUCCAAGCUCCCAUCCAUAAGUGAAGUGCAAAAAUGGAAGGGCUUCUGA